AUGUUUGCCGCUCGUCAAGCCAUUGGAACCAUUCAGCGCAGAGCCUUCUCGGCUUCUGCCCGCGACGUAUGUCAAGUCGGGUCAAUUGUCUGGUUCAAAGCUGAUCAAGUCUCGCGCAGNGCCUCUAAGGUCGCCGUCCUCGGUGCCGGCGGUGGUAUCGGCCAGCCUCUGUCGCUUCUCUUGAAGCUCAACCCCAGAGUCACUGAGCUUGCCCUCUACGAUGUCCGUGGUGCUCCCGGUAAGCCUUCGCACCCGUCCAGCUUGUAUGCUCAAGCGCUAAUCUCAAUGUCAAUGCANGGUGUCGCCGCCGACUGCUCCCACGUCAACACCAAGUCUGUUGUAAGUAGUUGCUGCUCCUCCCAGCAACACACUUCCAUGCUCACACACUCUACANNGGUCAAGGGUUACGAGCAGGCCGACGUCGCCGAGGCCCUCAAGAAUUCCGAGAUUGUCCUCAUCCCCGCCGGUGUCCCCCGCAAGCCUGGCAUGACCCGUGAUGGUAUGAUCUGA